AUGUUGCUUCUUUCAGCUUUCGUGGCCCAUUCUCUCAAAGCUCCUUGCAAGCUUAAUUCCCAUGUGCGCCCUAUCAUUGGGCUCUUUUCCGCAAUUGAUCGAUCCCAAGCCAAAGCCAAUUCAACCUGGCCACACUCAGACCGCAGUGCGCAGCCUCAAAAAUUGACAAACGACUCUCCGCCCCUUAUAUCUCCGCGUAUUACGAUAAUGGAGAGCCAUUUUUCCGGCGACGAAUCUCGUCGCAAGCGUGUGAAGCUUUCUGAAGGCCUGCCUUCCUUUCCAUCCGAUUCGAUUCCAGUGCGCCAGACUGCCCCCGACGAUGCGCAGGCAUUAAAAGAGAUAGAAGUUGGGAUUAUAGAAUACGUGAGCCCAGAUAUAUCCGGCUUCUCGGGGAUCUUAAAAAAGAGAUACACCGACUUUCUAGUCAAUGAAAUUCUUCCCUCGGGGCAGGUUCUACACCUAAAAGACCUUAAGGCUCCCUCAAUUAUCAGAUCCGCAGCACAGGAAUCCAACGAAGUACCCAAAGAAACUGCUCAGGCCCAUGUGCCAGAUACACCACAGAACACACAAGACACCAUUAGUGUAGAUACUGUUGAUUCAGAUGUCAAGAUUCCAGGUGAAGAUCAAAAGAUUUUGGAGGAGCAUCUCGGUCAAGAGGUCACUCAAAAGAUUGUAAAACUCUACUCUCGUACACUUAACAAGCCCAACCUGAAAGCUGGAGAUCUCGGCCGUGUUAAAUCGGACCCCGUGCCUGAGAAAGAUACGAGGACAAUCAUCCACCAAGCACUUCGACGGAUAUUUAGUGGGCGGAUAGAGUCGUCUACCGAAAAUGAUAACUCCCUAGUUAUGUCUGGUGUUCCAGCUCGAAGAUUGAGAGCCCAGAUGAAGGGAGGCAUUGCAGACAACCGAAGGGGAAAGCUUGGGUGGAGCGAAGUAGGCGGGGAAUACUUACAUUUCACCAUCUAUAAAGAGAAUAAAGACACAAUGGAAGUCAUAAAUUUCCUUGCUCGUCAGCUGAAAUUAGGCGCCAAAGGCUUCAAAUUUGCAGGAACAAAAGACCGACGCGGAGUUACAGUUCAGCGAGCAUGUCUAUUCCGGUUUGAUGCAAACCGAUUAGCAAACAUGAAUCGGACUCUUCGCAAUGCUGCAAUUGGAGAUUUCGAAUACCAGAAACAAGGAUUGGAACUUGGCGAAUUAAACGGGAACGAGUUCGUCAUUACUCUGCGAGAGUGCCAAUUUCCAACUGACCUGGGACCCGAGGCGGUAUCGACUGCUUCGAAUAUCGUAUCUACGACGUUGCAAGGUCUUCGAAAAAGGGGCUAUUUCAACUAUUACGGUCUCCAGCGCUUCGGCACCUUCGCCACUCGGACCGAUACUGUUGGUGUAAAGAUCCUACAGUCGGAUUUUAAGGGGGCAUGUGAUUGUAUCCUGUAUUACACACCAGCUAGUUUAGCUGCAGCCCAGGGAAAGGGGGAGGAGACCGUGUUGCUUAGCUCCGACGAUAUUGCACGAGCCGAGGCCAUUCAUAUCUUCCAGUCAACCGGAGAUGGAAAUGCAGCCUUAGCGAAAAUGCCCAAGAAGUUUUUCGCUGAAUCCAAUAUCAUAAAAUACCUGGCCAGAAAGAAGAACGACUACUUGAGCGCUCUUCAAACAAUUCCACGGAACCUACGAUUGAUGUAUGUGCAUGCUUAUCAGUCGCUGGUUUGGAACUUUGCUGCUGGAGAACGUUGGCGUCUCUACGGUGACAGGGUGGUGCAAGGAGAUCUAGUUCUAGUCAAUGAGUUCAAUAAUCAUAGCCCAGGUCAUACUGCCCCCGAAACAGUCGAUGCGGAUGGCGAAGUGAUUGUUUUACCCGAUACUGGUGAUAGCGCCGUCUCUGCUGAUAGUGUCUUUGAGCGUGCGCGAGCACUCACUGCCGAAGAGGCUGCAAGUGGCAAGUAUACGGUAUUUGACAUCGUGCUGCCACUUCCAGGAUACGAUAUCAUAUAUCCUCCGAACAAGAUGACUGAUUUCUAUAAGACCUUCAUGGGUAGUGAACGAGGUGGGAAUCUGGACCCAUUCGAUAUGCGAAGAAAAUGGAAGGACGCCAGCCUUAGCGGAAGUUAUCGAAAAAUACUGAGCAGACCGGGGCCCGAUUAUUCCUUCGAAGUGAAGAGGUAUACAGAUGAUAACGAACAAUUCAUUAAAACUGAUCUUGAAGCGAUUCGUGAAAACGGGGCUGACACUCAGGAACCAUCAAAUACUAAAAUUACAGAAGAGCAAAGCGUCAAAACAGAUACCAGGAAAGAAGACAAGUUGGCGGUAGUAAUCAAAUUUCAGCUUGGCGCCAGCCAAUAUGCUACUAUGGCGCUCAGAGAGCUAAUGAAGAGUGGAGUAAAGGCAUAUCAACCAGAGUAUAUGGGUGGGAGAUAA